UCCAACCAGUUCAGUUUAAAAUUAUGAGUGUCAGAAAGGAAAGAAUUAUCAAUUGUUGAAAGUGUCUAAUAUUUAGAGCUCACAACUUUUUACUACUCAACUACAUUUUUACUUUUUCACUUUUUUAACAGUUUAUUUUGGCAAUAAAUCAUUUCCCUUCGUGCAAACAUAUAUACAAACAUACAUGGCUACCACUGGACUAUUAAUUAGUUCGCAACAACAACAAGCAUGCAGUACUAGAAGGGAGCCGGACAAAACUGUACGAAUAUUCAUGAUUGCUGUUGCGGCUAAUUUAUCAGCCUUUGCGUCGGGCACUGGCCUCGGUUGGACGUCACCAGUGGGACCCAAAUUAAAAGCCUUGGACUCUACAGAUUCGCCACUCGAUCAUCCCAUCACCACAGUGGACGAUGCAUGGAUUUCAGCCACUUUGUUAUUGGGUGCUUUAGCAGCGCCCUUCAUUGCUGGUCCCCUUGCCGAUAAAAUUGGUCGCAAAUGGGCACUACUUUCUAGUUCGAUCUUCUUCAUUAUCGGCUAUAUUCUUUUGAUGCUCGCUAGCGAAGUGUGGAUGUUGCUGGUCGGUCGUCUCGUAACGGGCUGUGGCUGUGGUUUUGUCAUGACUGUGCAACCUAUUUAUAAUGGUGAGAUUGCAAUAGAUGCGAUACGUGGCGCCAUCGGAACGAUGUUCAAACUUUUCGCGGUUUCUGGCAUUCUAUAUGUUUACGUCAUCGGUCCAUAUGUCUCCUAUGUAACUUUGCAGUGGUGCUGUUUGGCUGUACCGAUUGUUUCCGGUAUCAUCUUCUACUUCAUGCCUGAAAGUCCUUACUACUAUGCCGCCAAAGGCCAGAAAGCGGAUGCUUUAAAUUCCCUGCAAUUCUUGCGUGGUCAAAGCCCCGAUAUUUUACAACAUGAAAUGGCUAUUAUACAGAGUGGAGUGGAGGAGUUCAGAGCCAAUAAGGGUUCCGUUAUGGAUAUUCUUAAGAGUAAGGGCAAUCGCAAAGCUCUGAUCAUCUCUGCCGGUCUGAUCAUAUUCCAACAAUUAUGCGGUGUCAACGCCGUACUCUUCAACAGUCAAUCCAUCUUCGAAAGUGCUAACAUCAGUGUGGAUUCAGCCAUUGCCAGCAUCAUUGUAGGUAGCGCUCAAGUUGGUGCAGCUGCUUUGACACCUUUUUUUGUCGAUCGUUUUGGUCGCAAAGUAAUGUUGCUAAUUUCGGCAUUUGGUAUGUGUGUCGGCUUGACAGGAUUGGGCGUCUUCUUCUAUGUACAACAAGUUAUGGGUGAUGCAAGUUAUUUAGCCUGGUUGCCGGUACCUGCAUUGAUGCUCUUCAAUAUUGUCUACAGCAUCGGAUUCGGUCCACUACCAUGGGCGGUGUUGGGUGAAAUGUUCCCAGCGAAUGUUAAAUCUAUCGCCUCCUUGCUUGUGAUAUCCACGUUCAUUGUCUUUUCUUUCAUGGUAACAUAUUGCUACCCCCCGCUGAACGCUUUGGGUUCAUACUACGCUUUUUGGUUGUUUGCUAUUUUCUGCGUUGCAGCCUUCUUCUUCACUCUCUUCGUGGUGAUGGAAACCAAGGGCCUGAGUCUUCAGGAAAUUCAACACAAACUAAAUGGAAGGAAAUCAAACUAAAUUACUACUGAGGCGAUAUUAUCUGGGGUGGAGACAUUCACAUCCGCAUGCCGUAAGACAUGGGGACGUUGUUCAGUGCGGUCAAUUGAGCUGAUCAAUUUUUGUGAAAUUUAUAGAAUAAAUUUGAAGAUUCAUAUUUAUGAAGGAAUAUUGUGUUAAACAAGUAAUACUUGGGAAAAACCCCUAGUUGUUAGUGCCUAAUCUAAGUUCGAUGAUUAUAUAAGUAAACAUAGUAACAAUA